UCGUCUAGCAUGAGAAUUCUAUGAUCAGUGUUGUGCGCAUAGCAUUUCAGAUAAGUGGCUUGGAAGAGAGUCUCGAAAUGGGAUUUUUCAGUGUUUUCCUGACACUUUCAGCCACUUGUUUGGUGGUUUUCUUGUUGUAUGUGUUUUUGGAGAAGAGAAGAUUAAACAAACUUGUGGGACACUUGAAUAAAUUCCCUGAGCAUCCAUUUAUUGGUGGAAUUAUGGCUUUUAUUGGGAAAGAUCCUGAGGAAAUUACAAAAUAUGCAGUAAAACUCCUUGAGGAAGUCGAACUCCCAGCAACAGUCUUUGUAGGACCUCUCAAAAUGAUCGUUUUCAUUGAUGAUCCUGAGGACUUGGAAAUCCUUCUGUCGGACCCAAACGCCAUGGCAAAACCGUACAUGUACAAGUUUUUCAAAAACGAUCGAGGACUUGUGGCCGCUCCUGUUAACAUUUGGAGGCUCCAUCGAAAGAUAUUGAGUCCAUCCUUUGGCUUAAAUGUUAUUAAGACGCUGAUCCCAAUCUUUAACCAGAAAGUCCAAGUAAUGGUCAGCAAUUUAGCUAAACAAGUGGAAGGAGCGAAUAUUAACAUUCUAGAGCACAUGUACUCUUGUGUUUUGGAUCUCAUAACAACUACUCUCACUGACGUGGAUAUUGACGUGCAGGAGGGGAAAAACCAAGACUACUUGGAAGCCGUUAAGACCGCCUCGUCGGUUGUGGCAACUCGUGUCGCUAAGACAAUUUAUCACAUUGAUUGGAUAUUCAAUUGGUCUGAAAUGUAUAGAAUUCAGAUGAAAUCUCUUGCCAAAAUUCAUAACUUCUUCGAUCGGAUAAUUAAGAUGAAGAGGGAAAUGUUCGAUGAAGUUGAGGAUGCCGAAGAGGAGCGGCGAGAAGAACAGGCUUUGCUGAAUAAUGAGGAAAUUGAGCAGAAGCCCAAGAUUGUCAUCAAUCAACUCUUCAGAUAUUGGGUGAAGGGACAGAUUGGAUUCCGAGAUGUCAGGGGUGAAUUGGAUGUUAUGCUGUACUCAGCUUCAGACACAACAACCAAUCUGGCUUCCUACACGCUUCUGAUGCUGGCAAUGCAUCCUGAAGUGCAGGCGAAGGCAAUUGCAGAGCUUAAAGAAGUGUUUGUGAAUGAUAACGUCUCAAUUGAUUACAACAGUGUCAAGCAACUACAAUAUUUAGACAUGGUCAUCAAAGAAACGUUGAGAUUAUAUCCAGUAAUACCCUAUAUUGGACGAGAAGUGUCUCAGGAUGUUAAGCUGAAAAACUUAACCGUUCCUGCUGGAACUGCUGUAGGAAUACCGAUUUUGUGGAUCAAUCGGAAUCCCAAAACUUGGGGUCCAAAAGCUCAUCUCUUCAAUCCUGACAAUUUCCUCCCUGAGAAGGUCGCCAAGAGACAUCCUUAUCAGUAUCUCGCCUUCUCCGGAGGUCCUAGAAAUUGCAUAGGCAUGACUUACGGUCUAAUUGCUGCUCGGACGAUUGUCGCCUGUGUGUUGAUGAACUUCAGACUCAGCACAACCCUCAAGUUCGACGACAUCCGAAUGGUCUUCAACAUAACUCUCCGAAUAAUAAAUGAGAACUUUAUUCAACUCGAGCGUCGAACAGAUUUCUUUAGCCACUAAA